GUUAUUGACGAGUGGCGGUGGUACAAAUCAACGGUUCCUACAUAUGGAGCAAUCUUACUAGAUGAAACCCUAAACCACGUGUUACUUGUUCAAGGAUUCUACGCGAGCAAAAACAGUUGGGGAUUCCCCAAAGGGAAAGUAGGUGGCAUUGACCGCGUUGCUGCUGCCGACGUUGCAGCACAACCAGCAACAAAGCAAUGA